AUGCCACCGCGUCGCGAAUUAACUCGAGAGGAAAAGGAUGAGAAGAAUAGGAAGGCUAGGGAAAAAAGAAGUCUCGAAGACCCGGAGGCAAAACAAGUUAGAUUGGCUGCUCAGAGGGAAAAGGCCAAGUUCGUCCGUGAAGAGAAGCGUCGUCGGCUCAAUCCCGAAGAUGAUCAGGCUGCCAAGAAUUUGAAGGCGCAAAGGGCGAGAGAAGACCGUCAGGCAGAGGCACCUGACGAAAGAACGUUGAGGCAGAGGUUAGAUGCGGACCGGAAAAGAGUCGCCCGUGCUAGCGAGACGGGAGUUGAGCAUCAAGCUAGGCUACUCGAUCAACGAAUCCGGCAGAAACUCCUUAGGCAGGAACAGAAUGAAGAAGAUGAUCGUGCUCGACUGUUUGCCGAGGAGGAGCGGCUAGCAGUUCUUCGGCACGAAGAACAAAAUCUGCACGAAGAAGAAAAUCGUAUUCGAUUGGAAGCUGAGGCAGAACGGCAGGCUGGUCUUUUUCAAGCAGAAGAAAAUCGUUCGCGAUUGGAAGCCGAGGCAGAGAGGCAGGCUGGUCUUCUUCAAACAGAAGAAAAUCGUGUUCGAUUGCAGGCCGAGGCGGAUCGGCAAGCUGCCCUUCGUCAACAAGAAACAGCAUCUAUCUUGCGAGCGAUGAAUCAGAGACCAGCGUUUGAUCGUUCAACGGUUGUUCUUGCCAAUGAUGCUGUGGCAGAGCGUCCAGCAAGACAACAACACCAGGCAGGAAAGACAGCUGUCGGCAACCGAGAAACUCCUGAAGAGCAACGAGCUCGAUUGCAAUCCCAGGCAUUACGGAUGAGAAUUCUGCGGCAAGAUGAAUCUAAAGAAGAGAGGUCAGCUAGGCUUCGAGAUCAAGCCUUGAGGCAAAAAGCUCUUAGGAACGAAGAAUCGGAAGCAGAACAAUCAGCUAGACUUCAGGAACAGUCAUUACGGCAAAGUUCUUUGCGUAGCGAAGAAACGGAAGCAGAAAAAGCAGCUAGGCUACGUGAACAGUCUCUGCGGCAAAGUUCUCUGCGCAACGAGGAAUUGGAAGCUGAAAAAGUAGCUAGGAUGCGCGAACAGUCUCUGCGGCAAAGAUGUCUUCGGAAUGAAGAAAUUGAAGCUGAAAAGCGGGCUCGACUUCAAGAUAAAUUAGUCCGUCAGGAAGAUUUACGCGACAACGAAUCUGAAGACAGCAAUUUUUCUCGACUUCAGGCUCAGUCAUCACGCCAGGAAGUUGAAGGUCGCGUUAACCACCCCGAGUACAUGGCUGAUUACAGAGCGACCGAGAAUGAAGAAGAAGCUGCUGCGAGGCGUGAAGAGAAUCGGUGUCGAAUGGAGUUACGUCGAGAACUUGAAGACCAACGAGAGCGAGAAAACGAAGAAUUGCGUGCCAGGGAUGCCCUUGAUCAUGGCGAAAUUAUUCCAAUUGAAAAUGAAGAAGAAGAAGCUCUUCGUUUGCAGUUGAUGACUGAACGCGACCGGCGUGGAAAUCCAAGAACUCAUCGGCAGGCUUGCAAAGAAAUCGUGGUAGAGGACCGCGUUCACUUGCAUGACUGCGGAGAUUUGACCAAGAUUUGCUCGGAAUGUGAUGCCAAACAUUUCGCGAAAGAAAUGCCGAAAGACAAGAAGUUCCAGCAAUGCUGCGCAAAGGGCAAUGUCAUUAUUCCACCUGCUAAGCCGUGUCCAGAACCAUUGGCCAGCCUCUUGCAAAACCGGCAUCCAAAAUCGAAACAUUUCAUGAAGCAGAUUCGAAAUUACAACAGCGCCCAUGCUUUCGCCUCUAUGGGAGCUAAUUUCUGCCAGGUCGCGGCCCGACCUGUGUACGCAUCCAUGGUCAGAUUUACCACCAAACUACUCCUCUCGGCUACUGAUUUCAGGGCGAAUAUCGAAAUGAUGUCGGGUUGUUGUAGAACUUUGAUGGAAGAGCUGGACGCUAUGCUUCGAGAAAAGAAUCCUUAUGCCUUGACCUACAAGAUGAUGCGUCGGGUUCUUGAAGAAGAAUACGUUCAACGUGAAGCUGAAAAUCUUCCUCACUACACUGUCGGCAUGAUCAUCACUUGCGAUAGAAGAAAUGUCGACCAACGAAGAUACAACUGUCCAACGGUCAACGAAAUUGCUGUGGUUUUUAAAAGCACUGACGGCGAACCACCAGCCUACAGAGAUAUUCGUGGCCAUCUCUACAUUCCCGUCAGAGGCCGACGAUUCAUCCAGAUUGACACAAUAAAAGUUAUGUGUGAUCCGAUGUGUUACCCACUUUUAUUUCCGAACGGUGACGACGGUUGGCAUAUCAACAUGACUUAUACCACCACCAGACGGAGAGAGAGAGAUGAAGCGGCAGCAUUGGCCAUGAUUGUUGAAGAAGAUGAAGAGGAGCAGAUUGAUCCCUUGUGGCCCAACCCCAGAGUUUUAAUUCGUGAUGAAAUGGCCGCAGAAGAUGGCAAUGCUGUGAUUGAAAAUGAGCCAGGUGAAGAACAAGAACCAGAAGCGGACGAGGAGAACGACGAUCGACCACCGAACAGAAACAGAGGCCCACGCUCAAGAGUGACGCAAGCCGAAUUCUACAGUUCGCGCAUAUCAGUUCGUGGUGAUUUCAACAACGUUUUGGCUGGGGGUCCCGUCACUCAGAUGUAUUUUGUCGAUUCUUACGUCAAGACCGAGGGGAAUCGCCUAGAUUGGCUCAGACGAAACCAGAAAGAGCUGCAUGUUGAGCGCUACUGCGGUCUGAUGGAUUACAUCAACAAUCGAGCAGAGAGAGCAAAUUUGGCAGUUGGCUCGAUCUACAUUCUCCCUUCGUCAUUUAUUGGCAGUCCUCGAGCCAUGAAACAAAAUUACCAAGACGCUAUGGCCAUUUGUGGAAAAUUUGGCAAGCCGACUUUUUUUGUGACGUUUACCUGCAAUCCCAAGUGGAGGGAAAUUGUUGCUAAUAUCCCAAACUACUUGACGGCUUCCGAUCGUCCCGAUAUGGUCGCAAGAGUAUUCCACUUGAAGAAGAAAGAGUUGGUCGACGACAUCGAGAAAAAGCAAAUAUUGGGUUUCGCCGCGGCCAGAAUCGAAGUCAUCGAAUUUCAGAAACGUGGACUGCCUCAUUGCCACAUGCUGGUGUGGGUCGACAGCCGUGACGCUCCUUCGACACCAGAGGAUAUGGAUGAGACCAUCUGCGCUGAAAUUCCCGACAAGACACUCUAUCCAAGACUUUACAACUCUGUUAUGGCUCACAUGAUUCACGGUCCGUGUGGAGCCAUCAACAAAAAUUCUCCCUGCAUGGAUGAAGAGGGCUGCUGUAAAAAGUUCCCCAAAGACUUCAACGAAGAGACUAUGAUCAAUGACAACGGCUAUCCGACGUAUAAAAGAAGAAACACUGGUGUUGUACAUCGUUUGAAAAGGGGGCACACUCACUAUGAAGUGGACAACCGAUGGGUUGUUCCUUAUAACCCUUGGUUGCUACUGAAAUAUGAUUGUCACAUCAACAUCGAGUAUUGCGCCAAUAUGACCACUGUCAAGUACAUCUUCAAGUAUGUGUACAAAGGUCACGAUUGCAGCAACAUUGAAUCGAAAACUGGAACGCAUCAUCAGGCUGGAGAAGAAAACGAGCAAGUUUUUGUUUGGGACGAAAUCUCCACCUUUACAGACACCCGUUACGUCAGCGCGCCAGAAGCCGCUUAUAGAAUCUUCAAGUUUCCUCUCAGCGAUCGUUCUCAUACCAUCACCCGACUAGCCGUGCAUCUGCCUCUUGAACAGUCCGUCUUUUUCCAACCGGGCAAUGAGGAACAAGCAGUCAUCGAUGCUGCGACCAAGGAAACGACGUUAACUGCUUGGUUCAUCUUAAAUCGGGAUAAUGAAGAAGCGAGACAGUAUUUUUACCGCGAAAUUGUCCAUCAUUUCUGUUUCGUUAAGUCGGGUGGUCGUAAUUAUUGGAAACCUCGAAGAAGAAAUAUUAAAAUCAUAGGUCGCUUAUAUACCGUGGGCGUCCGUCAAGUUGAGCGAUACUGCCUUCGCUUGCUCCUCAUCAACGUCAGAGGAUCAACCAGCUUUGAAGAUCUCCGCACGGUUAACGGUGUCCUUCUACCGACGUUUAAAUCAGCCGCUUCUGCUCUGAAUUUGUUGGAGGACGACAGCGUUUGGGAGAAGACCUUGGACGAUGCCGCCGCCUUUGAAAUGCCGGAGCGAUUGAGACAGCUUUUUGUCGAUGUCUGCCUCUUUUGCAAUCCCACCGACGCUCUUCAUCUCUUUGAUCGGUCUCUGCCCCACCUCAUGGAAGAUUUCAUUCGAACUGGUCACGAUGCGGAAGUCGCCAAAAACUUGACUUUGAAAUGGAUUCAGGACAAGUUGAUUCUCCACAAUAGAACAAUGGAAGAACUCUCUUUGCCUGUUCCUGACUUUCAGCUUAUUCGCCAAAUUAUUGAAGCUCAACUCGAAGAGAAUACUGCAAUUACCAGGAUAGAAAAGAGACGUUUGGGUGAACUGAUGGUUACUCAAUUGAACGAAGGUCAAAGAGCCGCCUAUGAUCAAGUCAUGGCUGCCAUCAACGACAAAAACAACUCAGUUCCCCAUCAGUAUUUUUUGGAUGGUCCUGGAGGUACUGGCAAGGCCUUUUUGUACAACACUCUGAUCACCGUUCUGCAAGGCCAAGGGAAGACAGUCAUCGCCGUCGCUUCUACCGGCAUCGCUUCUACGUUGUUGAUUGACGGUUCAACAUACCAUUCCCAAUUUAAGAUCUACCCUCCAAUUACCGAAGUUACCAGAUCGAAAAUUGUAGAUGGAAGCGCUCUCGCUAAUUUGAUUUUAAGUGCCGUUCUCAUCAUUUCCGACGAAGCCACCAUGAAGACAAAUCACGCUCUCGACGCUUUUAAUUUCCUCUUUCAAAAAUUGGAAAAGAAAAAUAUACCUCAUGGUGGAAAAGUUCUUCUUCUUGGUGGUGACUUUCGUCAAUGUUUACCAGUCGUCCGACAUGGAAACAGGGUGAAGGUGGUGGAAGCUACAAUCCGAAAUAACGCAACGUGGCCUCUGUUUCGUCAUCUUCGUUUAACCCAGAAUAUGCGUACCGUGGCCGGCAAUCAAGACUACGCUGACUGGCUUAUUCAGCUUGGAAACGGUACUCUGCCAACGAUUCCUAGACUUAACAAUCCUGAUCUCAUCGAAAUUCCUGCCGAGUUUCUUGACUUUGGACGGAAUUUGAUUGAGUACGUUUUUGGUGUUCCUUCUCUGCUUUUGGAUCCAGAGGUAUCUCAGCAGAUUUGCAGUCGAGCCAUUCUCUGUCCGAAGAACGAAGACUGCCUACGGAUCAACAAUCAGAUCAUCAAAGACAUGCCUGGAAUAGUUCAUCAGUACAAAAGCAUCGACACGAUUGAUUCGGACGAUCCUGAAGAAAUUGCCAAUUAUCCAACCGAGAUUCUCAACACCUUUAAUGUGUCCGGAAUUCCCACUCAUGUUCUCAAGUUGAAAGUGGGAGCCAUCAUCAUUCUGCUCAAGAACAUUGAUUCGCGUAAGGGUCUCUGCAAUGGCACCCGUCUCAUCAUCAGGGCCCUCAGAGAAAAUCUGAUCGUUGCAGACAUCGCUUCCGGCAAGAACAAGGGUCACACGGUUUACAUCCCGCGAAUGACGCUGUCGCCCACCGAUUCCGAUCUUCCUGUCACACUCAAGAGGCUCCAGUUUCCUGUGCUGUUGGCAUUUGCCAUAACCAUCACCAAGUCACAGGGCCAGACUUUUGAUCGUGUCGGCAUUUUCCUCCUGGAGCCUGUCUUUUCUCACGGUCAGCUGUAUGUGGCUUUUUCACGUGCAACAUCGAAAGAAGGUGUCAAAGUCGAAAUAGCUGAAUCUGCAAAGCAAGGACGGCUUUUGAGAAAUCACCUGACAGCCACUGAAGAGGAAAAAGAGAAAGUAUUCACCGUCAAUAUUGUUUACAAAGAAGUCCUUUUGUAA